ACGUCGUCAUCAGCAACGACGUGCCCUCCGACCCGCGCGCGUCCAGACAAGGCGUGCCGCCCGGCCACCCGGUGAUGCGGAGCUUCCUGGGCGUUCCCCUGUUUCUCCGGGCCCGACCUGGUGGGCAUGUACGCCGUGUCGAACCGCGAGGGCGGCUACAACGAGAGCCUGCUGAUGAGCAUCCAGCCCGUGACUAAAACGGUGGCGCAGGUGGUGGUGGGCGUGCAACGGCGGCGGCAGAAGUGGGAGGCGGAGGAGCGACUCAACGACAUGCUCGAGGCGACGCAGCAUGCAAUGGUGGCGGUGGCAGCGGACGGCAAGCUCACGUGCGCCAACAGAGCGGCGCGCACCCUCUUUGGGCUUGACACCGUUGCGGACGGUGAUGGCGAUGCGACAGGUGGCAAGCUGCCACCGGGGCUGAAGCUGGCGGACGUGCUGGUCAGCAUUGACGGCGACGACGGGCUACAUGCAGCGAGGCCUGGAAGCCUUUGCCGGGGAGUCACUCCACGAGCUGCCGGCAGAGGGGCGGCAGCACAGGUCGCAGGGAGAGGAGGGAGACGGUGCAGGUGAAGCAGCAGGCAGCAUGAGCCUCAGGGUGACCGUGGCUCGGGCUCCUCCAGUGAUGUGAAAUUCGUGGGUGACUGCCAGGGAGGCUGCUGGGGGGCAUUGGGGGCAGGCAGAUAGGGGGGCACGGUGGGAUGCUGAGGGUGGGAAGGAGCAGUCAAGAGCAUGGGGAUGGGGGUGAUGCAGGCGAGGCAGGGCACACGCAUGGCGGGCAGGAGUGUGAGCUUGUGCUGUCGACGGAGGAUGGCACCCUCACCAUUCUUGCUUGAGUGGAUAGCUUUGUGCAUGAAGAGUUAGCUUCAUCCCUGGUUUUGUUGUGUGCAGCUGAACUAGCUCAAGUCUUGCAGCACUUAUCACAUGGUUGUAAUAAGAAAGCCGCACUGGCCCAAGGCAUGCGAAGGACACGAC